AUGCCCACCCAAUCAAAUCCAGACAGCUCAGAUCACAAACAUAGCACACCCACAAUAUAUGCCAUUGAUCCUAAUAAUUUUCCCGAAAUAUCACCCCCUUCUGCUACAAACACAUCCGAUGAGGAGAGUUCGGGAAGUGAUGAAUCUUCCGAUGAUGGUUCGGGAAGUAAUGACUCCCCCGAUGACGGUUCGGGUGACAACAAAUCCUCCGGUACCGGUUCGGGAGAUGAUGAAUCUUCCAACAACGGAUCCGAAUCUGCCGAUGAACAAACUAUACCUUUGAAUGAUAAGGGCAAAGGAAAGCAAAAGGUCAACCUCGCAGUAAAUGAUAACUCUUUUGUUCCACCCCCAGAUUUCGAUUCCUCCAGUGAGGAUGCCCAAUCCGUCGUGGCAAUGCAAACUUCCCGAUCUUCGGCGCAGUUUCUUGCGCCGAAGCCUUCAGCAACUAUCUCCUCCGCCAUAACGGCGGCUUCCUCUUCCACCGAACUACAGAUCAAUGAGCCUACCGCGGAGGAAACUCCCACUGUUCCCACCAUUACUCCCAUUAUUUCCUACACAUCUGUUGUAGAUUCCAUUAUCCUCGAGUCUCGUCCUAUGGUAUCGACUGAGAGAAAGGGUGGACACUACUCCCCACCCCCCGAGGCAUGCCAUCUUCUACUUCGAAAUCCCUAUUUCAGGACAUACGGUAGACCUGACCCCAUGGGAAGUUAUCCAAGCGGUAGCCCUCCAACAGCUAAGGAAAUUGAGUAUGAUGAGGUAAAGGAAAGGACAAGCUACUUCAAUCCACCUUUUCUUUUUAACUAUACAGAGCAGCAGCUUCGCCAAUCUCAUGACAAAAUCAAGCAUACCAGGUUGGGAGAUAACAGUUACCUCAACAAAGCUACUACACUAAAGAAUCUCACCCUCAAUCAACUGCAAACUCAAAUUUUGUACAGCAAUGCUUUGAGCGAGAUUGACGAUGGAAUAGCUAUUGUAGAGAAUGACCUUGAGACAUUGAUAAAGUAUAGCCCCGCGUAG